AUGACCUCUCUAAAAACUGAUGGCUCUACAGGCUCGAAUAUCUCUCUUCCUGCGUCCGUUUCUCGUACCGUCCCUUCCUCAUCCUCUCUCAUGAGCAAACUUCCGGAUGGAUACGUUAUCCACCAUUUUUCCCGCCUUAAGUUGCUCCGUACCUGUGCCAAAUUUCUUGUCGAGUCCCUUCAGGCAUCAAAGUCAGAAAACCAGUGGCUUGUCAUUCUCGGCUUGUCUAAAUCAGCAAUACAAAAGCUCGAUGAAGACCACAGUUGCUUGGAGGGAAUCGAGUACCGGUUUGCAUGGGAAGGGAGUGCUGGGCUACUUAAGAUAGUCCCUUCCUUCGAGCACGACUCGGUCACAGAUGGGUUUACUAGGGUACUGGAUCUUGCUCUUAUCGCAAUGGGACUUGUGUCAACAACUAGCAGGAAGUGGGUGGCUACCACGACGUAUAAGCCAACGGCGAACAAAGGGAAGCAAGCUGAUCAGGGAUUUCUUCCGCCAUCUCGCCGCCCAUCUGCCCCCGGGCUCCCUCCCGGCUGGCCAACCCUCACCAUUGAGACGGGGCUAUCUGAAUCGUUAUCUCAGCUUAGGCAAGAUGCUAUAUGGUGGCUGUCUAACUCUUCCGGCGAGGUUCGAAUCGUCUUGGUCAUCUCUAUUUCGAAACGAAAAGAUAGAGUCUUUAUCGAAGUAUGGCAACUGGCGCCACCGAACAGCCCGCGACCCCUCACAAGAGCAUACAUUCAAACCCUGUGCCAACAAAGUCCGAACGUCCCCCCACUAGUCCAACAGCCAGCAGUGUCGCAGCAAGCAUACUGUGCACACGAGGUCGAGAUUUCCGCUAAUGGCGUGACUGGUGCCCCGCUUACACUACCAUUUGUUGCAGUGUAUGAUAGACCACCGGCACAAGGAGAGGGAGACAUUGUCCUAACAGGGCAGGAUUUCCUGGAUAUUACUAGUGAUCUGUUUUGA